AUGACGACCUCUCAGCGCGUUGUUAUUAUCGGUGCUGGCGUUGUCGGCACCAACCUCGCUGACGAGCUGGUCUCACGAGGAUGGAACAACAUCACUGUGGUUGAGCAAGGUCCAUUGAGCAUGCCUGGUGGCUCAACAUCGCAUGCGCCCGGCCUAGUAUUCCAGACGAACCCCUCCAAAACGAUGACCUUACUCGCCAAGUACACAGUCGAGAAGUUCUCAGCGCUGGAGAAAGACGGACAGAAUUGUUUCAACCAAUUAGGUGGUUUGGAGGUAGCGACAACCUCAGAACGAAUGGAGGAACUCAAGCGCAAGCACGGGUAUGCGCAAUCAUGGGGAAUCGAGGCACACUUGAUCAGCCCCGAAGAAUGUCUCAAGAAGUACCCUCUCCUUAAUAAGGAUAUGGUCCUAGGUGGUCUUCACAUUCCAAGCGACGGCUUAGCACUAGCAGCUCGCGCGACACAGCUACUCAUCGAAAACACACGCAACGCCGGCGUCAAGUACCUCGAACACACUGUCGUUACCGGAAUUGAACAAGCGGACGGCCAUGUCACCGGAGUGACGACAAGCAAUGGCUCUGUACCGGCGGAUAUAGUUGUUUCGUGUGCUGGCUUCUGGGGUGUGGAAAUUGGAGCUAUGAUUGGACUGAACGUUCCUCUCCUUCCUCUAGGACACCAAUAUGCGAAGACAACAGCUGUUCCGGGUCUCCAAAACCGCGAGGUCAACAAGAAGAUCAAUGCUAUGAACGCUGAACUGCCCAUCCUGCGACAUCAAGACCAAGACCUGUACUACCGAGAGCAUGGAGAGCAGUACGGGAUUGGCUACUAUGGCCAUCGGCCGAUGCCUGUCAAAGCUUCAGACCUCGGCGUGACACCCAAACACGUUGAUGAAAAGCACAUGCCUUCUCGCUUGGACUUCACACCAGAGGACUUUGAACCGGCCUGGAAGGCUACCAAGGAGCUGCUUCCCAUUCUCCGCGAGACCGAGAUCGCAGACGGGUUCAACGGAAUCUUCUCUUUCACCCCAGAUGGUGGAUCCGUCGUAGGACAGGCUCCUAACCUCGAUAACUUCUGGGUUGCUGAGGCUGUGUGGGUAACACAUUCUGCUGGUGUGGCUCGCGCCGUAGCAGAGACUCUUACAGAGGGUCGCUCGACCAUCGACAUUGCGGAGUGCGAAUUGACACGAUUCGAAGAAGUGCAGCUUAGCCCAGAAUACGUCAGCGAAACCUCACAACAGAACUUCGUCGAGAUCUACGACAUUAUCCACCCGCUCGCACCGAAAGAGAACCCUCGAAACCUUCGCGUCAGUCCAUUUUAUACCCGACAGCAGGAGCAAGGCGCUUUCUUCUUAGAAGUAGGAGGCUGGGAGCGUCCCCACUGGUAUGAAGCGAACGCGGACCUAGUCAACACCUUGCCGGAAGAAUGGAAGCCAGUUGAUCGGGAUGCUUGGUCGUCCAAGUUCUACUCGCCAAUCGCAGCGGCGGAAGCAUGGAAGACACGGAACGCAGUAGCGUUAUACGAUAUGACUACGUUCCACCGAUUUGAGGUGUCCGGUCCCGGUGCUGUUCACUUGCUCCAGAGGUUGGCGACCAGUGACGUUUCCAAACAGCCUGGCGCUAUCACUCACACGCUGCUCGUUAACGGCCACGGCGGCGUACUGAGCGACAUUUUCGUGUCUAGGAUCGAGGAAGACCUCUUCCAAGUAGGUGCAAACACUGCAACGGACCUUGCCUACCUCGCACGCGAAGCACGCCGUCAACACAAGUACACGUCUGGUCAAUGGGCUCAGGUACGAGACAUUACUGGCAGCACAUGCUGCCUUGGUCUUUGGGGUCCCCGUGCUCGGGACGUCAUUCGCACAGUCAGCUCAGACGACUACAGUAACAAAGGCCUGCCAUACAUGGGCGUAAAGAAGACAAGCAUUGCUGGAGUUCCUGUCACCAUGUUCCGAAAGUCGUUCGUCGGAGAAUUUGGUUGGGAGAUCCAAACCACACCCGAGUAUGGCCAGCGUCUUUGGGACUUAUUGUUCCAGUCAGGCAAGCCCCAUGGUCUAGUCGCUGCAGGUCGCGCGGCCUUCAACGGACUGCGAAUCGAGAAGGGCAUCCGAGCUUCAGGUUCUGACAUGACCUCCGAGCAUAACCCAUGGGAAGCUGGCGUGACAUACGCAAUCCAGAUGGAUAAGAAAGCGGACUACGUCGGCAAAUCUGCACUUGAGCAGCUUUCGAGAAAGGCAACGUCUAAGCGACUUAGAUGCUUAACUGUCGACGACGGGCGGUCCAUGGUUCUAGGUAAAGAGCCUGUCUUCGUGGAAGGCCAAAGAGCUGGCUAUGUUACUAGCGCCGCUUUCGGCUACACGGUACGCAAGCCUGUCGCAUACGCAUGGCUACCUAGUAGUGUAAGCGAAGGAAAGUCGGUUGAGAUUGAGUACUUCGGCAAGAAGAUCAAAGCCACAGUAACUCGAGACCCGUUACACGAUCCUCAGGAGCAACGUUUGAGGAGUGAAGGAUCGGCCGAGAAGCCGGAGCUGCAGAAGAGAUUGAAGUCGUUGCUAUGA